AGCUACGGGUUUAGGGUAUGCGUUGUAGCGAAGACAGCGAAAACCGGUUUGUACAGCUAGUACGCGCACAGACAGCCACACUCAUACGUGUGUAAGUGAAUGCGAGCGGAUUUACCCACUCACACACACAUGUGCGCGAUUGAUCGAUACAGCAAGGCAGCACUCCGCUUGCGCUUUUUGGCAGCACCGGAAUGCGCUGUCUUCAGUCUAUUUAUAGUCACAACAGAGAGGCUGCAUUGAUCAACCAGCCUCAGAGGGCAAAAAGGCUGUUCGCUGGCUUUUUAACAUAGACCGUAGCCUCCUCAUUUAGUCAGAUUGUAUGCAGUGUCUGUUUCGGUCACAAAGAAGUGAAAGAACCCAGUUUGCUGCUACGCAGCCCCUUAAUAUACUGUCUAGAAUAGCGGUAAAAAUUAAUCGAGUCGAAGAGAUGUCAUCAAAGAAAGUUAUCGUUCUUAUGAAAGUUAUGGUCCUGGCUUGUGUAUCGGAAUUGGCAUCCGGCGUGUGGAACCCAUUCGAGGAUCCCUCAAAAUCUCAAGCCUUAAAAAAUGCUCAAGAACGAUUUAAAGCGUCCAGCGGAUUCGUGGCGAAUGUUUCUUCGGAAAGCGGUCGCGAUACUGCUGCCCUGGUGCAGAACCUUGAAAAAGUCGUGGCCACCUGUUCGAGUGGAAAUCUGGCACUGUCCCAACGCGUUCUAUCCAUAGAACAGUCCAUCAAAAACUAUUUAUUCAAUACAACAGCACAAUUCAACCAGGCUUUGUCCGAUCGCGUUCAGUCAUUAGAACAGUCUAUAAAGAAAGAGUUGACCAAUACGACCGCACAAUCCAACCUGGCGUUAUCGGCUCGCGUGCAAUCCUUAGAGCAGUCCAUGAAAAAUGAGUUUGCCACUGCAAUUGCGCAAUUCUCUAAGGACAUACAGAAUCUGCGACUGAUGUUAGUUAGCCGCCUCACUCCACUGGCAUUCGGCGUGGAUAUCGCCGCACAUGCUUCCAUGAAGUGCUCUCUGAAGAAACGCGAUCGACCACUUCCAGUGGGGACUCUAAAAAUAGGCGAUUACCUCUACGCUGAAGAGCAGUUCUGCUCUACCGACAACACAACUUGCCUGUACUUACAGAGCAACGGAAAUCUGGUAUUGUAUCAGACCAAUACACUGCAAGUUAUGUGGACAGCGAAUUCCGGCGGCGGUGACUGUCGGUCAUUUGUGAAGAUGCAAGACGACUGGCGCGUUGGACUGUAUCAUUACCCGUAUGGAUUGGCUGAAUGGGUGACACCUCAAUUCAAAGGUGCCGAGCUAACGUUUCGGAAUAAUGGACAUCUGUGUCUGAAGAUACGGUCGAAGAUACCAGCAGGACAAGACGCGGACUGCCUUUGGACUACAGAUUUAAUUGAUGCUCCGCUAUGAUAAUUAUUAUCAUAAACGCAAAUUGUUUUCAAUAGGUAGUUUUCAGUUUAAUAAGAUUCUUUCCA